UUGUUAUAGGUUACUUUAACUUAGGGGGAGUGGUUUUAUGUGUACUUUAUAUAGCACUUUUCUCGAACCACCUCGGGACCGUACUUUCGUAAAGCAUCAUUAUGUCUUAUGACUACUCAAAAAACAAAGAAGAAAAGCCAGAUCCGACGAAGGCGGAUCUCACAGGUAACAUCCCCAACUGGCUACAAGGAACACUACUGCGCAAUGGACCAGGGAUGUUUUCUCUUGGAGAAACCUCUUAUAACCACUGGUUUGACGGGAUGGCCCUGAUGCACAGCUUCACCUUCAAAGAUGGAGAAAUGAUUUACCGAAGCAAAUAUUUACGAGGGGACACAUACAAGGACAACAUUGCAGCCAAAAGAAUAGUUGUCUCUGAAAUGGGGACUAUGGCCUAUCCAGAUCCAAGCAAAAACUUUAUUUCAAGAGCUAUCACUUUUCUCAAUCACACUGUCCCGGAUUUCACUGACAACUGUGGAAACAACUUUCUAAGAUAUGGGAAGGAUUAUUAUGCUACUUCUGAAACAAACUACAUCCGCAAGAUCGACCCUGUGACAUUAGAGACUCAAGACAAGGUGGAUUACUUGAAGUACCUAGCUGUGAAUCUGGCGACAUCUCACCCACAUUAUGAUAAAGAGGGAAACACCUACAACAUGGGGACAACUAUAGCUGACAAGGGCAAAACAAAAUACACAAUAUUCAAGGUUCCAGCCAGCUGUGAGAAAGAUGCCGCCAAGGCAACACCUGCUCUGAAGAACGUGGAGGUGCUGAGCACCAUUCCUUGCCGUUCCCUCCUCAGCCCAAGCUACUACCACAGCUUCGGCAUGACCGACAAUUACUUCAUCUUUAUUGAACAGCCAUUGAAACUGGAUAUACUCAAGAUGGCCACUGCAUACAUGAGAGGGAUCAACUGGGCCAGCUGUCUGAAAUACUCUCCAGAGGAAAAUACUCUGAUUCACCUGAUAGACAGGAAAACCGGCAAAGAGGUGGGGACAAAGUACUACACAGGUGCCAUGGUUGUCUACCACCAUGUGAAUGCCUUUGAGGAGGAUGGUCACGUUGUCUGUGACGUCAUUGCCUAUGAAGAUAACAGUUUAUACGAUAUGUUCUAUCUAAGCAAAAUUAAAGAGGAAUCUGGGUCCUUAAAGAAGCUGCCAACCUACAGAAGAUUUGCUCUUCCAGUACAGUCCGACAAGGGUGCUGAGGUUGGUGAAGAUUUAGUGACACUCAAGUAUACGACAGCCAGCGCUGUAAAACAGAAAGAAGGCAAACUUCUCUGCCAACCAGAGGUGGUCUGUCAAGGGGUGGAAGUUCCCAGAUUGAACUAUGACUUCAACGGGAAGAAGCACAGGUUUGCCUACAUGACUUGUGUGGAGACGACUGGAAUGGCAACAAAGAUCAUGAAGUUUGACGUUGAGACAAAGAACAUGAUAGAGUGGCAUGAGGACAAGUGUUGGCCUUCAGAACCUGUGUUUAUACCCAGGCCCAAUGGAGAGGCAGAAGAUGACGGUGUUGUCCUAAUAUCAGUCAUAAACUCCAACCCAGGACAGUCUGACUUUCUCCUGGUGCUUGAUGCUAAAUCAUUCAAGGAGAUUGCUCGAGCAUAUGUGAAUGUAGAGCUCCACAUGGAUAUGCACGGAUUUUUCAUCCCCCAAGGAGACUAGUCUUAACUCUGUUCGGUUUUCUGCUUGAGAUAGGCUAAUUGGUACAGUAUAUGCCUGAGAGAUCAAUAAUUGAAAUUGCACCUUGAACUAGUCUAAACGGUCACUAUAUUUGAGAUGAACAUUAUGGAAUUCUUGACCAGACAUCAAUUUAACUUCAAGGCCCCUCUGAUAUUAUUUUCAUAAAUCUUGUACACAAUACCUUUAUAUUAAAAGGAUCCAAAUAAUUUAAUAACAAUGAUUCAUUUAUACCCAUUCCCUACGAACACACAACUUUUCCAGUUAGUGUUCAUCGCAACAUUACCUUCUGGUGUAGCAACUUUUUAUAGCGAAUGUUGCCAAUUAGUGGUGUGAACAACGUUGCCACGACGUCGUAUCCUGGUUGGAGAUGGAGCGUUCCGGAUUGACUGCUAACAAUUUUUUACCUUUUGCAAGUGACACAUAGGCUAUAUGAACACUUAGGCCUAUAGGCUACGUGAAUUUCAAUCACACACAAUAUUAAAUGUUGCAUUGGUAACGGUUAUUGAUUGCUGUGGUAGGCUAUUAUAUCCAUUUAUAACAGGGAAUCUUUGCACACGAUUGCAUACUUAAACAAUAAUAAUGUGUUUAUUUUGUAGGAUAACACGUCUAGGCUAGAUGGGACUCAUUUGAUUGUUGAGACCAUAAUGAUCAAUGCAAUAAAAU